AUGGAGACCAAGAACAAUCAGAAACUGCUUGUCUUCUCAUGCUUCACUCUCUCACUCUUUAUUUCUGUCCACGCCAUUUGCGUGCCUCGGAAAUCCGAAGCUGGUACUCCUUCUCAGCCAUCGCAAACUCCACCACCAAUGCAGCCUGUUUCAUUCCCUCAGGCUCAGCCAUCAAAGACUACACCUUCAGCUCCAACGACAGAUCCUCCACAGCCCAAAACGACCACAACAAAGAACACAGAUUCAGCACCAGAGACGGAAGAUCAGAAAAGCCAUGGCUCGCCCCCACCAACCACUCCAGAGCAGCCUCCGGUGGAGCCUACGCCGUUUACACCUCAAUUUCCUUUACUAGGAAUGCUAAAAGGAAACCCAUCUGAUGGCCUCUCGGCGAAUGUUGAUCCUCUAGUAAAGAAAGUCUGCGCAUCCACCGAUUACUCAUCUCUUUGUGAGUCUUCCAUAGCACCCUUGCUAUCUGGCGCGAAGGACGCGACUGCUGAUGCCGUUGCUAUGCUUGAAUUGGUGAUAAAAGCAGCCUCUGAACACACUAAGUUAGCCAUUGCUGAGGCGGAAAAGCUUAUCGCGGCACCGACUACCCCUGCCAAGGUUUUAGCUAUGAUUAAAGACUGUAAGGAUAACUAUGAUGAUGCUUUGGAUAAUUACCAGAGUGCUUUGGAUGCGAUCCCAGCUCGUGAUAUUGGCACCAUUAAUAGUAUGCUUAGUGCUGCAUUGACAGAUUAUACAACUUGUGAUGAUGGGUUUGAAGGUUUGAAAUCUCCAGUAGCUGCAAUUGAUAGGUUGCUUAGUAAAAUGGCUAGCAACACCCUUGCCGUUGCUUCCUUGGUCAAUUGA